AGUAGCUAAUUGGUUUCCAGGAAAAAAAAAAAAAAGAUCACCUGCCAGGAGACAAAAAAGAUUUUACAAAUAAAAGAGCGAUGAAUAAGAUAACCAUCUUCUCUUUGCCUUCGAAGCUGAAUAGCUCAGCACUUACGUAGCACUUUCCACCUUCAGGAACCCGUACGAACACUAUCAAAAGGUGUGUACCUCAAUAUUUUCUCCUCUAGAGAGACUUGCAGAUUUUAUCAAAUCUUCUCAGAGAAAUCAAGAACCGUGUUCCCACACUACAUGAAUGGCACUUCCCCCCACCUCGUUUUAUGGCUGAUUAUGGGGAGGGGAGGCUUCUUUUUAUUAUAUGUAACAGAACAUGAAUGCAGUCAAAGAGAUAGGAAAAAUAUUUACUCAGCUGCAGGAACGCAAAGCAGAAUGUGGAGGGUGAGGGGCAGCUUUUCCCCAGUUAUCUGUUAUGGAGGCAGAGGGGAUUUAAACCAGGGAGCCCUGGGGGGUGGGGGGGCAGUGUCUUCCAGAUGUCUAUGUGGGCCAGGGGUGGCAAAGCCCUUCCAACCACGGUCCUGCCAACAGAGGGCGCUCAGAGGUCAGCACCCACCGGCUGACCUGCUGGCCCCUAGGCCCGCACAGCUGCCGCCUGCAACCUGAAGGAGUGUGGGAAGCACGGGGAGAACGAAUAAGGGCAAAGCCCUGUGGCUGCUCUGGCUCUCGGAGGAGGUUGUCCCGGUCUGAAGCGGCUGGAGGUUGGGGAACUGUACCUUUCCUGUUCGUAUCCUGUGGAGAACCUGAGCUGGAGCUGUAUCUGUAACGUGGGGCUUGAACUCAGGAACCCAACAUCAAGAGUCGCAUGCUCUACCAACUGAGCCAGACAGGCACCCUGAAAAUCAAGUCUCUAUAAGAAGGAUGAGCAUUACUUCAGGAGAGUCCCCAGUUUUGUGUGUGAACAAGAUGGAGGCUGAUCUGUCUGGCUUUAACAUUGAUGCUCCCCGUUGGGACCAGUGCACUUUCCUGGGGCGGGUGAAGCACUUCUUCAAUAUCACAGACCCUCGCACUGUCCUGGUACCAGAGCGGGAGCUGGACUGGGCCAAGGUGACGGUGGAGAAGAGCAGGAUGGGUGUUGUGCCCCCAGGCACCCAAGUGGAGCAGCUGCUGUAUGCCAAGAAGCUGUACGACUCAGCCUUCCAUCCUGACACCGGGGACAAGAUGAAUGUCAUCGGGCGGAUGUCCUUCCAGGUCCCUGGUGGCAUGAUCAUCACGGGCUUCAUGCUCCAGUUCUACAGGUGGAACCUGGGAGCAAGGACGAUGCCGGCUGUGAUCUUCUGGCAGUGGGUGAACCAGUCCUUCAAUGCCUUAGUCAACUAUACCAACAGGAAUGCAGCUUCCCCUACAUCGGUCAGGCAGAUGGCCCUUUCCUACAUCACAGCCACAACCACCGCGGUGGCCACUGCUGUGGGCAUGAACAUGUUGACAAAGAGAGCUCCACCCCUGGUGGGCCGCUGGGUGCCCUUUGCCGCUGUGGCUGCUGCUAACUGUGUCAACAUCCCAAUGAUGCGACAGCAGGAACUCGUCCAGGGCAUCUGCGUGAAGGACGGAAAUCACAAUGAGAUUGGUCAUUCCCGGAGAGCUGCGGCCAUAGGCAUCACCCAAGUGGUCAUUUCUCGGAUCACCAUGGCAGCCCCUGGCAUGAUCUUGCUGCCAGUCAUCAUGGAAAGGCUGGAGAAGCUGCGUUUCAUGAAGAAAGUCAAGGUCCUGCAUGCCCCGUUGCAAGUUCUGCUGUCGGGGUGCUUCCUCAUCUUCAUGGUGCCAGUGGCCUGUGGGCUCUUCCCACAGAAAUGUGAAUUGCCAGUUUCUUAUCUGGAACCAGAGCUCCAAGACACCAUCAGAGCCAAGUAUGGAGAACUUGUGCCUUAUGUCUACUUCAAUAAGGGCCUCUAAAUGCCCCACCCCAGUAAGGACCAGUCUGUGCCCAUAUUCACCAGCUCCUCAGCUGCUCUGUAUACCUGUCCCCUCAUUCCUCUGCCCACAGGGCCUGAAGGCCAGGGUGGAUUUGGGAGGUGGGGAGCCUCGUGUUUUCACCCAGGCUAAUUGGACUCCAGAGGAUAAAAGUGAACAAGGGGAGCAAAAGCCAAGUCUUCUAUCUGUUCCUCCCUUAACCACCAUCCCCUGGAGACCAGGAGCUGAGACCCCCUGAAAGAGAUACUCAGACCAUUUGGAAAAAUUAGGAAACUUUGGGGAUUCUAGUUCCAGCCAGGACUGGGGAAGAGCCCCUGGGACAAAAAGAUGCUCUUACUCCUCUUCCUCCUCAUCUUGUCUCAUGCUAUGAAACUUUUUACCCUUGCAAUUCUAGCCAACUCAGGAAGGGAGGGGAAGAAGCCUUUGCCAACGUGGGGCUCUUCUCUGUUCUUUCUCAUUCUCGUCCCCAGUGUCCCCUGGUCAGAAAGCGUCUUUGGGAGUGCUGCUAAACUUGAGAUAGUCAGGCCGUUUCAUGAGGCAGCAAAGUUUCAUGGUGCUUUAAGCCCUGUCUAUUGACACUGACUUUGAUCUCCUAAUGCUAAAAUCAUGUCUGAUUUUGCUUCUCUGUGUUUGAAAAAUAAGUCCACUAACUGUGAGUAAAAAGAAUAUAUGUAGGCAUUAACAGCACAUUUUAAUGGGUAUAUUUUCCUAGCUGCCUCCCUUCUCAGCCCAUUGGGUUAAACACCAAAGACUAGUGUGUUCUGAAUAGGAAAGAGAAGUUUUAUUUGGAUACCUCUGAGAAGUAACCAACCAGGACCAAAGAGCCUUAAAGGACACACAGCAAAGUGCAGCCAUUUGCCCGUCCCAUCUUGGCUGCUGUAGGUGACUUUUCAGGCUCCGGGUGGGGUGGGGGUGGAAGGAGACCAUUGUGGCUUACGAGGGAUCAAUGUCUGUCUGAGUUUCAUCUAAUAGAAUUUCCUGACUGUUCAAAGGAUAUCACUGUGAAUCAAAUAAAUUUCUUGAAAGAGUGUAA